GUCCCCUUGGCCUCCCUUCCCUGGCUUGCUUGCUUGCUGCUGUGUGACCUUUUUGACCUUUGGCUUGACACAUCCUUGUCGUGUAUGACAACAGAUUCUGACUCAUCUGUCCCAUCCUCGGACACAUCACCACCAACAUCAUCAUCACUAUCACUUGUAUACAUCACAUACACAGGUCUCGGACUGGAUUCGAACCACCACCACCACCACCGCACACCCAUCUCACGACGCGUGCCACGCUCGGACCCGCACCUCGAAAGGGAACCUGGCCGGCCAAGCUUUAACCUGUCCUUUCAUAUCACCAUCCCGUCUCGCCUCCAAUGUCUCGGCACCUUUGUGUAUGCUGCUCAAGGUAGCCUCUAAGGUCAAUCCAGGUUUUGGGCGAUAUAACAGAGUUAGCCUGAAACUUGUAACGAAAUUGACCUCAUAGAUUGUUCGCCAAAAAUGUCCUGGGCUCCACCCUCUCCCACAUCCACCUCUAGCUUGUACCCUCCCGGCGCCGCCGCUGCCUCCUCCUCCUCCUUUCGUCGUCAGCUCUCGAUGGACACCACCAGCCCACUCAAACCAGAGCUGGAAGAGGACGACGACCUAUUUGACCCCUUUGCCCUCGAUCCGACAUACCGCUUGCGAACGGUCAAGACAGCCCACUCUGUUCUCGCUGAAUCCAUCCACGCCGACCGUGAUCGCGAAAAACACCAACGCAGGCGGACACUCUUCCGCUCCCUCACUCGUAAACGUAACAGAAAACGCGCAGACAGCGAUGUCACAGCGGUCACAGCGGUCACCACGACCACGACCACGGUCACCCCUGAACCCGCCGGCGCCCGACGCAAGGUCUACAUCAACACUCCACUACCGCCAGACCUGUUGACCAAGUCUGGUGACCCGCUCAUCCGCUACGUCCGGAACAAGGUCAGGACAUCCAAAUACACCAUCCUCACAUUCAUUCCAAAGAAUCUGUUUGAACAAUUUCGCCGUGUCGCCAACAUUUUCUUCCUCAUCUGUGUCAUUCUCCAAUCCAUCUCCAUAUUUGGGGCCUCUAUGCCCCAAAUCGGUAUGCUCCCGCUGAUCACGAUCCUCGGCAUGACCGCGAUAAAGGACGGGAUAGAGGAUUGGCGCCGGGCUCAGCUCGACAUGGAGGUGAACAAUUCCGCAACGACAAAGCUGGGUGGCUGGAGGAAUGUGAAUCAGCCAGAGGAUCCGAGGACCUGGCUGGAGAAAAUGUUCAAGAAGGACGGUCCGUCCAAGGGUGUACGCAAGUUGCGAGAGCGCGAGGCGGCCGUCGAUGGAAUAAAGAUGGAGUCGCUCGACUCGAGCGAUUACAAAGACCUUCCCUCAACGGCCCAGUGGGAACGUACCCUGUGGAAGAAACUCGAGGUCGGCGAUCUCGUCUUCCUUCAAGAAGACGAUCAAAUCCCGGCCGACAUCAUCGUUCUGUCCACCUCUAACCCCGACGGUCUCGCCUUUGUGGAGACCAAAAAUCUCGACGGAGAGACCAACCUCAAAAUCCGCAAAUCUCUCAAAGCCACCAUCGACCUACGACGCGAGCUCGAGCACGCACAGUUCGUGCUCGACUCGGAACCACCUCAUGCCAAUCUCUACACCUACAAUGGGGUGCUUCAUUGGAACAACCACAAAGAGGCCAUUACCAUCAACGAGAUGCUCCUUCGGGGAUGCACCCUGCGCAACACCAAAUGGGUCAUUGGGGUCGUCCUGUUCACUGGCGCCGACACGAAGAUCAUGCUCAACGGGGGUGAGACACCGUCCAAACGCAGCAAGAUUGAAAAGGAGACGAAUUUUAACGUCAUCAUGAACUUUUGCCUCCUCACGAUUCUCUGCGUCACCACGGGCAUCUUUCAUGGAUGGUACCAGUCACUUUCGGGGACUAGUGCGAACUACUACGAGAUCGGCGCCGCGGUGUCUAGCAACAUUUACCUCGAUUCGUUGGUCAUCGUUGCGUCAUGCCUCAUCCUGUUUCAAAACAUCGUCCCAAUCUCCCUCUACAUCACCAUUGAGAUCGUCAAGACUAUACAAGCGUUCUUCAUCUUUCAAGACGUCGAGAUGUACUACGAUGCAUACGACACGCCGUGCGUGCCAAAGACGUGGAAUAUCUCCGACGACCUGGGGCAGAUUGAAUAUGUGUUCAGUGACAAGACGGGGACGUUGACGCAAAAUAUCAUGGAGUUCAAAAAGUUUUCCGUUGCCGGGGUCAGCUUCGGCGAGGGCAUGACGGAAGCGAUGAUGGGCGCGGCAAAAAGGGAGGGGAGGGAGGUGCUGGAUCAAGAGGAGGAGUUGGCGAUGAUGAAGCGGGCCAUGGUGUCGGCGAUGCGCGCGGGAGCGAGCGAAGUAGCGCCGGAGGGGGCGAUGGAGUCGACGCAGGAGUCAGCACAAAAUCCAGCGAGCAAGCUUGCCGAAGCUCGUUCUACCGGCUCCGCUCGUGCUCCUUACCUCCGCGAAGACAAACUCACUCUCAUUUCCCCGAUGCUACCCCGUUGCCUCACCGACCGCACUGACCCGAUCCGCCCGCAUCUGCACGCCUUCUGGCGCGCCAUCGCCAUCUGCCACACUGUCCUCGCCGACGUCCAAAAGCCGUACAUGAUCGAUUACAAAGCCGAGUCACCCGACGAGGCUGCCCUCGUCGCCGCAGCACGAGACGUCGGAUUCACCUUCCUCGCCCGGUCCAACUCUCGCAUCGAUAUCGACGUCCUCGGCACCGUGGAACACUGGACCCCGCUGAAAGUGCUCGAGUUCAACUCGACUCGCAAGCGCAUGUCGGUCGUCGUGCGCGAUCCAUCCGGACGCAUCGUUCUGUUUUGCAAAGGCGCCGAUUCAGUCAUCUACGAACGCCUGGCCAGGGACCAAUCGCCACUUCGCGAGCAGACCCUCGGCCAUCUCGAAGCCUUCGCCAAUGGAGGCCUCCGGACCCUCUGCGUCGCUCAUCGCUACCUAUCCGAAGAGGAGUACAGCGAGUGGUCUAAACGCUACGACGACGCUUGCGCCGCUAUCGUGGACCGCGACGGUGAGAUCGACAAGGCUUGCGAACUCGUCGAACACUCUCUUAUCAUCCUCGGUGCCACGGCACUCGAAGAUAAGCUCCAGGAGGGCGUCCCGGAGGCCAUAGCCACGCUCCACAAGGCGGGCAUCAAAUUGUGGAUUCUCACCGGGGACAAGCUCCAGACCGCCAUCGAAAUCGGCUACUCGUGCAACCUCCUCACCAAUGACAUGGAGGUCAUGAUCGUCUCUGCGACAUCGGAAGCUGGUGCCAGAGCCCAGAUCGAAGCGGGAUUGCGCAAGAUGGCCACUCCUGGCACAUUUGCCGUCGUCAUUGACGGCGAAUCCCUGCGCUAUGCCCUCGAAGAUAGCCUCCGUAGCCUUUUCCUCUCGCUCGGAACGCAAUGCGCCGCGGUCAUCUGCUGCCGAGUGUCCCCGGCCCAAAAGGCUCAGACGGUCAAGAUGGUGAAAGACGGAUGUAACGCCAUGACACUGUCCAUUGGAGAUGGAGCCAACGACGUCGCCAUGAUCCAAGAAGCCAACGUGGGGGUCGGUCUCUUCGGCCUGGAAGGAUCCCAAGCGGCCAUGUCGGCAGACUACGCCUUCGGACAGUUUCGUUUCCUCACACGCCUCCUUCUGGUUCACGGGCGUUGGUCUUACGUCCGUGUCGCGGACAUGCAUGCAAACUUUUUCUACAAAAACACUAUAUGGACAGUCUCCAUGUUUUGGUUCCUCAUUUUCAAUAGCUUUGACGGGACAUAUCUCUACGAAUACACCUUUGUCCUCCUCUUCAAUCUCGUCUUCACGUCCCUCCCUGUGGGCAUCCUCGGUGCGUUCGACCAAGAUACCAACGCCCGGGCAUCACUCGCCUUUCCCCAGCUCUACCAGCGCGGGAUUCGCGGACUUGACUACACGCGGACCCGCUUUUGGCUCUACAUGGGUGACGGCCUGUACCAAUCAGCUAUCCUCUUUUUCAUCCCCUACCUCGCCUAUGGCACUGGCGUUCCGUGGUCUCACCAGGGUAUGGAUACCAACGGGUUAUACGAUUUUGGGACAGCCUGCGCUGCGGCCGGCGUCUCCGCGGCCAACAUUUACGUCGGUAUCAACAUGCGCUAUUGGACGUGGAUCACCGCCGCCGUCAUCAUCUGCUCAACCCUCGCUGUCUACCUCUGGAUCCCGAUAUACUCGGUGCUCGGCUCGUGGCCAUACAACGGUACCGCCCAAGUGGUCUUCACGACAUUCUCCUUCUGGGCCAUCAUCCUCAUCACUCUGUUCAUCGCCGUGGGUCCACGCUGGCUGGUCAAGGCGGUCAAGACCUCGUACAUGCCUCUGGAUAGGGACAUUGUGCGCGAGGCGUGGAUAGCGGGGGACUUGAAGGAUACGCUGGGUGUAGGGCAUAGGCGCAGGCGGACGCCACCACCGGGAUAUCACCCCGCGAACAUGUCGAGUCCUCAAAAAGAGCCAUACAACUCGCCGUUGGUAUCUGGACCCACGACCCCAGUGAGCCCUACCCCACCUGGCCCACGACCACCGUCUCCACUCAAUCCCGCGACGCCGAUAAUCCUCACAUCACCAAAGUUUCAAGCAUUCACCCUGGCUUCCGGGGAGAUUCGCCGGAUGGACGAGGAUUCAAGGCAGCUGAAGCGAGCGUCCUUAGGGGUUCCGCGCGCCGAGACGCUCGUCGACGGGUCGACGAUGGAUUUUUCACAGGGAUCAGGUUGGCGCAGUCCGCGUGGGUCUAGAGCAUCAUAUUUAAGCACAGGCAGUGCAGGUUGGGCACAGUGAUGCAUUUAAGAAAGUUGAACCCAAAAAAGGGUCUGGGAGACAAAAUUGCUU